UAUAACCCAUGAUGUUAUCAAACAUAUAACAUCCAGUUUUCUUACAGUGUCACGUCGAAUUGAUUUAUAUUUCUCGCAUAUAAAUAGAAUAUUUCAUAUCAAAGUGAUAUAGAAAUGGCUUGGAUGUAUGUAUUUGUUAUGCAAAGCGUGUGUCUCUAAUCGUGUAUUAUCUGUUUGGAGGAUAUCAACAGAUUUAUAUAUGAUUGAAAAAAAAUUAAUUGAUAAACAACGUUAUUUUCCCCACUAGCAUCAAUGCGUCAUUUUUCACACAAACACAAAUGAUACUUCCGACCCUGGGCACAUGCCAUAAGUUUAACAGGAUACAAUUACUUCAGAUAAACAAAAUCUCUGAUCCUUUGGGAAUUUUAUUUGUCCAGUGUAGCAUUGCAUGGAUUAUUGAUAUUGAAAAUAUGCUAACGUGCGAAUGUCUUAAUAACGUUUCAGAGGACAACUAUGGAAGGCACAGCGCAUCAGGAUCCUAUUAUAAUCAAACACAGUAUUUGAAGAACCAGAUAUGAACAACGGAACUUGCUCAAAUACAACAAGUGACAAAUUAGUUACAGAAGAUAUAGUGUUGAUUAUAUUUCUUUCUUGUUUUCCUUGUAUAACUAUUGCGGGAAAUAUUCUAGUUAUAUUCACUGUACUAAAACGUCAUAAAUUUAGACAAAAAGCGAAUGUCUUCGUCGUAUCAUUGGCCGUUACAGACAUAGCUGUUGCGAUAUUUGUGAUGUCAUUUUCCAUUCUACAACAGUUCGGAAAUAUGUCAUGGCUUACCUUAAAAUCUGUGUGCUGGUUAUCGUUUAGUUUAGAUGUCAUGUUUACAAGUACAUCUAUAUUUCACCUUAUGUGUAUGACCGUUGACAGAUACAUAGCUAUUUGUUUACCAUUUAGAUACCAUAAUUUAAUGUGCAAUCGUUCUGUGAUAACUUUGCUCAUUAUAUGCUGGCUGCUUCCAGUUGUUAUUUCAUUUGGUUUGAUUUUUGGAGAGGUGCAUAAUAUUGGAAUACAAGAAACAAAACAAUGUUCAAACACAUGUUCAUUUAUAGUCAAUAUUUAUUAUGCAGUUAUAUGUGGUGUUGCAGUGUUUUAUAUUCCAUCUGCUUUCAUGUUAGUUUGCAAUCUGAAAAUUUUACGCAAAGUUCGGGCAAAUCGAAGGAAUUUGUGCAAACUAAGUAAGUGUAUUUUACAACAAAACGAAAUAUUGAUGAAAAGAGAAGUUAAAGUUGCUCGAACCAUUGCAGUUAUGUUAAGUUGCUUCUUUCUUUGUUGGCUACCAUUUUUCGUGUUGACCAUAGUAGACACGUUGAUGAAUUAUAAAGCAGGAAAAACUACCGUAUUAGUGAUCACGUGGCUUGGAUAUAUGAAUUCAACUAUAAAUCCGUACUUAUAUUAUUUUUUAAACAAACCACCAUGUAAAAAUUCAUGCCAUAUAAAACUAUGCUGCUUGGGAUUAUUUUGUAGGAAAAAGCGAAAUGUUUACGUAUUGCAACAUUUGAAUAUACAAUCAUUAAGACAUGGGUUUUAAUUUUUGAAACCUUUAUUUUUAUGGAAAUUAACUGUAAUUCUAAGAAGGUAAGUUAAUGAAACAUGAACAAUAGUUUUGUCUUUUAAAAGACUAUUCUUAUUUUCAUUCAGUCAUUUCUUUUACAUAUACAAUUAUGAAAUACUUUGAUUUAAUUCAUUGUGACCGUGUUCAUUUUUUGAUAAGCUGAAAAAAUAAACGAGACUGAGUUGACGUUCUUAACUCACAAACUAAUAAACGAAUUUCUUAUAAUACCACUAUAGUCAAACAAUCACACGGUGUAGUUUCUGCUAAAUCAAUAAAAAGUAAGAUGAACAUUCGUAAAAGUUUACAAGCAUCAAAGUGGUACCAAACACCUUGACUUAAAUUCAUUUGGCUCGUUUAGUUUCCAUUAAAUUUGAUAAAUAUUCACUUUGACCCGUUGACAA